GUGGCCAGGAUUAGAUUAGAUUAGAAUAGGAUGCUUUUCCCCUUUUCUCAAAGACCGGCAUCUGAAUGACCAUGGCUUCUUCUAUCAGUCUUCAAGGUUCUCUAUUUAGAUCCCAAUUCCUUGGCCAAAACAGCUUCUCCAAUUGUCCUCGCAGGCCAUACUCUUUGAUUCCCAAGGACUCGAGGUUUAGGCUAAAGCCAUGUGCAAAAUUCGACCUGUUCGAAAUCCUGGGAGGCAGAGGACUCUUGAAUGGGGAACAGGGUCUCCAACAAGAGCUAAAAAGAGAAGUUGAAUCAUCACCGGGUGCUGCUAGUGCUAAAGAGGAAAACUCAGGCACCUUGGAAGAAACAACGACUGGUAGUGUCCCAGAAGAUGCUUUUGGAAAAGAGCUAAUGGGGUUAACGGGGGGAUUUCCUGGUGGAGAAAAAGGAUUGAAAAAGUUCAUAGAGGAAAACCCACCUCCUAAAAAACAGUCUGCUGUGGAUUCGGGAGAUACACUGGGGCUUACCGCCACAAAGAAGCCAGAACCACCAGAAUUACCAUUGCUGAUGCCUGGCAUGAUUGCCAUUGUUAGUAACUCAAACAGCCCAUAUUACAUGUACUGUGGUAUUGUUCAGCGAAUCACUGAUGGGAAGGCAGCAGUUCUUUUUGAAGGAGGUAAUUGGGAUCGGUUAAUAACUUUCAGGCUUGAAGAGCUUCAACGCAGGGAAAAGGGCCCUCCAGGGAUAAACCCCAGGUCUGCUAUACUCGAAGAGCUAAUUGAUAAAACACAAUAAUCUACCUAUUUAUAUUUUCUGUUGCAUUCAUGUUUUGCUCGAUUGGCUUGUGCAUUUUUCUGAAAGUUCCAGCUUAGCAGGAAAUAAAUUCUAUUUGCAAUGAUCAAACAUCAAAAAGAAAGAUAAAUGCCGAGGGAAGCUAAAUUCUCAUUA